AAUUGCAUCGCGAGUACGUAAUUUUGUUAAUUUUCAAAGCAAAAAUAACCUCACAUAGAGCGUUCAUUAAACUGAUAACUAUUUGUACUAAAAAAGUUAUCAUGUUCAUAAACCAUGGUUUAUACCACCAAAUAGUUCGUUCGUUCGUUUUCGAUCGAACAAAUCGCGAAAUCUCUGUCUAUUUUCCUUGUCGAAUUUUACCUAAAUAAGGUAUAACCCUUUAACUAAAAGAGCUCUGCAGGUGAGAAAAUUAACUCUUAAUGGAUAAUUAUUUUUUUUAGGUAAAUAAAGAAAAAAGAAGGACAAGAAAAUAUUCAAAUAACAUGAGAGUGCUGAUAUUUUUCCUCAUUGCACCAGUGACUGAUUGGAUGGCAUAUGGUGAACUGUGUGACCGAAUAUAUUUCAAACAUCCAUCAGAAAAGACAUUUCCAUUUGUAAAUAUAUUAAAUGGUAUUUAUAAAAGAAUUGACUCCCAAUAUGAGGUUUUUCCGGUUUAUGAGCACAUGCAGGCGCACGUGAUAUUUACGUAUAUGAGUUCUGAUCACUCUGUAGGAUUUCUUGUUCGUCAAGGUGAUGCUUCAGCUCCAGGUCUGCGUUGUUCUUUACGCAUAACUAGAAUUGAAAUAAAAACAGGACGUUGGAUGCACCAUACAAAUGAAACAAGUCCAUUCGCAGAUAUAUUUAGCGAGUGUUACUUAACGUAUGGAAAUUCAAAAAAGAUGAAAUUAAAUUACACUUUGACACCUUUUUGUAUGAGAAAUGAUACUGUUGCAUGCAAUGGUGGAGACGUGUUCCUAUUAAAUCGUGGCAAAAUAGUUGCUUUACAUAAAAAAGUCAAAGGCAAGGUUGUGCGUAUAGCCGACAGGGCUAUAUUCGAACAUUAUGAUCCACCAAAAAACACCAAGCUUUCUUACAAUGUUUCAACAGAAAGAUGGGUUAUAGCCUCUCUAAUAGGAGAAACCUUUUUUUUUCAAUACAAGACAAAAUACAAAGAUUUUGCUUUACGUCCUGAAUUUAUCACAUCAAGCUGGGAUGUAUUUUUUUCUUCCGUCAGCGUAUCGUUCACAUUCUUCUGUAGUUCACAAAUAUCCGAAUGUUCUCGUUGCAAAUAUGGUGAGUGCCAAAAAGUUAGUAUAGAAUACGGAGCGGAUUUUCAAGUUAAGCAUUAUGUAUAUCACACCUGCUCCUGUUACUUUGGUUAUAAAGGAAAAUAUUGUGAUAAAAAAUCUCAUGGUUGCGCUAUACCAGAUGGACACGAAGGUCUGAUAGUGAAUACGGAUCGAUAUAGUGUAGCUUCAUACUUCUGUGGCAAUCUUAAUGAUGAUUCCAAACCUGUCUUUUUGCCAAUGACUUGUGGUGCUAAUUUCAAAUGGAAAAUCAAUGGAAAUUGUAAAUAUUUUUCUUCAAGAAAAUUGUUUUAUGUUAUCGUGUCGACUGGAUCAAUUUUACUGUUUCUGCUUUCUUUUCUUGGCUUGCUUUUGUGUUUAAAUGUAUCAAGAAUUGCCAGUAAAUGGAUUCUCAUGUAUUCCACAACUUCGAGUUUAUAUGGCUUCACAUGGGUAUGUAUUCAACUAUGGACACAUACAUCCACUGUUGAACACACACAUGCUGUGGUGUUGGACUCAAUGGGUUACUUUAGCGUCUUCCUGUCUGUGUUUAUAAAUACACUUAUUUGCGAGUAUCCGAUAAAUCUUGUGAAGCCGAUGUUUCUAGGUGGAAUUGGAAUAGCAAGCGCGAUGGUAAUACCUCGAGUCCUUUUGGAUAGUAACAGCGGAACCAUUUCAACAGUGCUGUUUCUCGUUUUGCUUUACUUUAUACUGUUAUUAGAGCAGUACAUAAACAUAAAAAAGACGAGAAAAUACUUAGAUACACUUUCUGAAGGAGUUGUUAGAUUUUGUGAAGAUAUGGCAAAAGUCAAGCCAAAGUUAAAAGUAAAAGUAUCUUCUUCUCGUGUUCCAAAUAAUGAAGAAGGUUUAAACGGAACAUUCUCGGAGGUGAUAGACGUUCCGAUUGUAUCGUGGAAACAUAGAGAUAAAGUGUAUGCUUUUCAAGAGCCUGCCGUCUGGAAGGUGACCGAGAAUAUUGUUUGGAGUGAAGACAAUAGCGAAGAAAGAUUUCAAGAAUAUUUAUUUAACUUGGAGAGAAAUCACUAUUCCCAUGAUGAUCAAUCCAGAUGCAAGUUUAAACUAUAUACACCUGGUUUCAAGGAUCGCACUUUUUACUCUGGAAACAAAUCAGCAUUGCCAUUCUCUUAUUGGAGUUUCAUAUUAGUCCCAAUCUGCUUUUUACACUGGCCGUUGCGAUAUAAAUACAUCAUUUGUGGACUGCGAGAAAAGAAGGUUGUUAUAGAAAAAGAGGUUUCUGAUAGAGACACUUUAAUUAGUACUGUUAUUAACAACCCACCACCUAACUAUGAUGAAAUAGCCCACACACCUAUUACUCCCCCACCGCGGUAUGAAGAAGCCACUGAUUUUGAUCGUUUGCUGGAGCAUGAUAACCGCCCUUCUUAUGAAGAAAUUAUGUUGCAGACAAGACGUUAAUUAAACAAUUUUGGAAAUGUGAUCAUUCAUUCUCUUUGCAUGCUUUAUUUGAAAUUUAUUUUUUAAUUUGGAUAAUAUUUAGUCAAUUUUUAAAAAAUUUUGGAAUAUUUUGUAGUGUUUUGUGACGUUGUCCAUAUUUUCAGUUUUCCCCUUGUCUUCACUACUGUCUCUGCUGACUAUUACUAUGUCUCUACCUGCUGGAUUUUUUCAUGUACUCGGCUACUUUCUAUCAUCCAGUAGUUCUCAAUUCUGUUGUGUCACAUUAACCUUGCUGAAACACACUGCAUGUCAUUUCAUAUAUGCUUCUACCUGUUGUGUAUAUGGCGCCAUCAAAUUUGGUCAUUAGGUUUUUUAACUUUUUAUUUUACCUAACAUUUGAAACAAUACAUGGAAGUGUAAUGCCUUCUAUUUAUAUUUUUAUUGGCUUAUAUCGAUCAUGUGACGAGACGCUGUUUUUUUCUGUAGCUAGUGACCAGCUAAAAUGCAAACAAAAAAAGAAACAAACUUUUGUAAAAAAAUUGAACGCUAUAAAAGGUCUAAAGAAAAUCCAAGUGUUAAACUUUCUUUAGAGAAAAUUGGUUCACGCAAAAGUUAUUAAGAAACUCACUAUUCGAGAAAUCCGCGAGAAUUAAUUUUUUUGUCUUUUUUGAUUUACCGAGAGCUACAUAAAAAUUAUAUUUUAUUUUAAAAAAAAAAUUUUCGCGUAAAUUAUUUCUAGCAAAAAUUACUGCCCUUAAGUAAACCCAUGAUUUUGGGAGCACGAUUUUUAAGCAAAAAGUAAUGGCUCAAUGAAAAAGUAACGAAAAAUUUAGUGAGAAAGACAUCAAUAGGAAGACUGUUAAAUGCCAACAUCCCAGAAGUAUAUGUCCUGCACCAUAGUUGCCAUGAAGUUUUCUUGUGAUGUGAUCGUGGUCCAUUACUCUUGGAUUGUUUACUGGUUUGUUGAAUAUGUGAAAAAUUUUUGUUGAGUAGUACAAGUAGUAUACUUUUUACUGUUAAAGUGUCUGUGUCUUUAUGUAUUAC